AUGUCAAUAACAGAUCAGGGUGAGACCAGCGAUAGCCAGCCUGGAGCAGCAGCACACUUGUAUGAAUCGGAUCUCUUACAACCCCAGGAACGUCUUCGCGACGCCGAAGGGCUGCACCAACCAAUCUCAUUUAAGCCAAAGCCAAAGCCAAAAUCGCGAUUCAGUCUAUCAAAUAUCUUCUCGAAUACCGCCAGCGGUUCGACUUCGAGACUCGGAUUCUCAGACUCUCCUGGACAUACUGGAGAUACCUCCCCACUUGAUGCUUACAAUCCCGUUGGAUUAAACGCAGAUCCAAAUAGCUCUAAAGAUGGCGCACCUCUAGACUGGUACAUAGAGGGCCCUGGCCGACGCGUGGGAUACGACGACUUCACAGCCAUUGAUUGGAUCUACGAAUAUACCAGAGAGCGGCAACGGAAGCGUCUACUAUACUCAAGCGGCCAAAGUAUUACGGGAUACAUCCGUCGCUUUCUUGAGGGUAGCAAUAUAUGGAUUGUCUUGAUUGGAACAGGAAUUUCUGUCGGCAUAAUUGCUGCGUUCAUAGAUAUCGCAACUGAUUGGCUUGGGGAUAUUAAAACCGGCUACUGCAAAACUGGCAAUGGAGGCAAAUUCUAUCUCAAUCGCAGUUUCUGCUGCUGGGGUCUUAAUGAUUAUUCCAAAUGUAUGGAUUGGACUACUUGGGGGAAUGCUCUUGGUGUGCCUUCUCAUGGGGGGAAAUACACAAUCGAUUUUCUGUUUUACAUCGUCUUUUCGGUACUAUUUGCCUCGAUUGCCUGUGUUCUGGUGCGGAAUUUCGCCAUCUAUGCAAAACACAGUGGAAUUCCCGAGAUUAAAACCGUGCUUGGAGGCACUGUCAUUCGGCAUUUAAUGGGACCUUGGACUCUAAGCAUCAAGUCGCUUGGAUUGUGUCUAGCAGUCGCGUCCGGUCUAUGGCUAGGAAAGGAAGGUCCACUGGUGCAUGUUUCAUGCUGUUGUGCCAAUAUCUUGAUGAAGCCUUUUCCUGGUUUGAAUGGAAAUGAAGCGCGCAAACGCGAGGUUCUUUCUGCAGCUGCCGCUGCAGGCAUCUCUGUAGCCUUCGGUGCCCCCAUCGGAGGUGUGCUCUUUAGUUUGGAGCAACUAUCAUACUAUUUUCCAGACAAAACGAUGUGGCAAAGCUUUGUAUGUGCCAUGGUGGCAGCUGUCACCCUUCAAGCUCUGAACCCGUUUCGCACGGGGAAAAUCGUGCUGUAUCAAGUUACCUACACUCGAGGAUGGCACCGUUUUGAGGUCAUUCCAUUCGUAAUUCUCGGCAUUAUGGGCGGACUCUUCGGGGCUUUUCUAAUCCGUCUAAAUAUCAAAAUUGCUAAGUGGCGGCGUACUAGGAACUUUGCGCGGCCAGUUGCAGAGGUAGCUGUCGUGGCUCUUGUCACAGCUUUGAUCAAUUUCCCUAAUCACUUCAUGAGAGCUCAAAAUACAGAGCUUGUUCAGGCACUAUUCGCGGAGUGCAGCAGCGAUACGUACGAUCGCUUUGGUCUUUGUACUAGUGGUGCUGCAUCUCUCGGCGUAAUUGCUCUUCUCGCCGUCGGCGCUGUCCUGGCCUUUUUCCUCGCUUCCAUCACCUUUGGACUUGAAAUCCCAGCUGGAAUCAUACUUCCUUCAGUCGCCAUUGGUGCACUCUAUGGUCGUGCUUUGGGAAUGCUUAUGCGCAUGUGGCAAGAGACCUAUCCAAAUGCCUUCCUCUUCAGCAAAUGUUCACCUGAUAUUCCGUGUGUAACCCCUGGCUUAUAUGCGAUCAUCGGUGCAGCUUCCGCGCUGGGUGGCGCAACUCGAAUGACUGUUUCAAUUGUUGUUAUCAUGUUUGAGUUAACCGGAGCCCUAACAUAUGUCAUUCCAAUCAUGAUUGCCGUCAUGUUGUCAAAAUGGUGCGGUGAUAUAUUUGGAAAGCGCGGCAUCUAUGAAUCGUGGAUUCAACUCAACGAAUAUCCCUUCCUGGAUCACCGAGAUGAUUCCAAUCCACCAGAUGUCUUCGCUCGUCGAGUCAUGACUACAUUCGACGAUAUCUCUGUUAUCACAGCCACUGGAAAUACGAUUGGCUCACUUCGCGGGCUUCUUGCAAAUACCAGAUACCGCGGAUUCCCUGUCAUUACGGAGCCUUCCACUCCCACCCUUCUUGGUUAUAUUACACGCAAGGAGCUCUCCUUUGCUUUGAAGACUUCAACAUCGGCAAAUCGCAAUCUAUCCGAUGUCACCCAGGCCUUUUUUAUCCACCAACCCUUUGCAGACCCUGUUGAGACCUUAGACCUCCGACCUUGGAUGGAUCAAACCCCUAUAACGCUUAAUAGUAACAUUAGUUUCUUGAUUGUGCUGCGAAUGUUCCAGCGACUAGGCCUGCGCUACGUCCUUUUCUCCAACAAAGGAAUUCUGCAGGGUUUACUGACUAAGAAAGAUGUAUGGACGGUGCUUAAUGGUGUUGAGUUCAGUCGACAAGAGGCCCUCCGAGGCCACAACUUCCAUGAUGAAGGUGGGGUUGAAGAGAUCGGCCUACUCCAUGAUGACGAAACAAGCAGUCUUAAUAGCUCAUUGGGGCGGGACUCGCUAUGA